UGUAGUCUAUUUGACAUGAGAUGCAGACCUUCAAUGGCAGUGUCGCCUAUAAAUAAGCCUCAUUUUUCCAGUCGCUACCGCUAGAUGGCAGUAUAUUGCUGUUUUCUGACGGAUUACACUGUAACAUCUCAGUUGCCCAGUCACAUACAUUAUUCUCAACAUCAGAAGAACGACAGAUGCAAACCAUGAGAUGGCCUUCAGGGGUAAAGUGGCCGACACGAGGACAGUGCUUGUGCACCUGCUGCUGUGCCUCGUCAUAUUCUACUCUCUCUACUACAUGAUUGGGAGUGUGUGUUUCGGCGCGUUCAGGUGCGACACUUUUCUUUUCCUCUCUGCGUGCACGUGUGGUUAUUGGGUAAGUGACCUUGCUGGAACGGUGAGCCGUCCUCACGCGGCUUCUAGAAACCUGGUGCCAGGUGACAGAAGAGAGGGGGAGGGAUUCGUGGAAUCCACAGCAACUAUUGGUCUGUUUUCAUUGAUUGGAAUGACAGUCAGUUUCAACCACCCUGGUUCCCUCCUAGCACCUCCUUUUGAAUAUCCUGUUUGUUUGUUUGUUUUAUCUGCUGUUCUUCUAUUUGCAUUCAGGUUGGAUCACUUUGAUGGACUUAUUCCCUUUGACUUUAAGACUGAACCAACCAAUUUGGAGUCCAACUCCAAAUACCUGGUGAACCUGCUGUCCAUGGAGUUGACCUAUUUCUGCAGUGGUCUGCUGUUUGCAGCCGUGGUGAGGAGAUGGGUCUGGGACUACGCUCUCACAGUCACACUACUGCACGUACUGCUCACCAGCCUGGUGAUGUUGGAGUUUCCCUUGGUAUGGCAGUGGUGGCUGGCCCUUGCGGGUUGUUUCUGAUGAUCUGUAACGGUCAGCUGAUAGCUUACUUCACCUGCCAGAGUGACCAGAGUUACCCCACCUUCAACAGCUACUGAGUACACACACACACACACACACACACUGACUAGAGUUCUUUGCAGUGAGUCCGGUGGAAAUGGAGGGAAGCCAAAUGUUCCUGUUGACUUGGUUACCUGUUUGAUUGUUGCACUUUGUUUCUGUUGGACCGGCUUCCCAGACACCAAUUGAGCCAAGUGAUUCUCCACUGAGCAAGCUUUUGAGUCCAGGAAACAGCUUUUAUAUGUAAUAUCUGUAGUAUGUAAUAUCUGUAGUAUGUAAUAUCUGUGGUAUGUAAUAUCUGUAGUAUGUAAUAUCUGUAGUAUGUAAUAUCUGUGUUCUCUAUGAAUAUUAAUCUUAUGUCAGACAAUGUUAAUCAUGUAAUUUAUCAUCUUAGACCUAUUAAACCAGCUGUAACCUCGCA